ACGCAGCAACGAAUGCAAGAGGCGCAAGAUCAAAUGCAACGGACAGACGCCGUGCCAGCGAUGCGGCCACCUCAACCUACAAUGCCUAUACGCGCCGAACUGCUGCUCCAACUUCAAGGACUCGGACGAGUUCAAGCAGAUGGCGGACCAGGUUAGGCAGCUACAGCAACAGGUCGACUCGCUCGUGAAUUCCGUGGAUUCUCUCCGUCAGGAGACCGCGCGCCUGGCCCCGUUGCAGGACCGUGUGCUACCGCCGCCGGGCGCCACGCCCUUGUCUUCGACGUCGUCCGAGCACCGGCAAAGAGUCCCUCUCCCGCCUCGAGUGCAGCCCUGUUUUAAUGGCCCAACCAGUCUCAACUUCGCAGUCGGCGUCGCCAAGGACACCCUGCACCAAAUGGGCUAUCCAGGCGCCAAAGAUGGCCUGGACGACGGCUGUGCGCAGCAGGACACGACACCGCACGCUUCCCCCUCGUUAGCACCGGUGCCCUCCGGCUCCCUUGCGCAGAGCCCUACCGACCCGAUUUGGGAGUUUGACGAGGUUGAAAUAAUGCGCCUCUUGAAGGUCUACCGCGAGGAGGUCGACGUCAUGUACCCAGUAGCAUCGAUGGGCCCCAUCAUGGAGCAUGUCAAGUACCUUGUGGCAUGGAUGGAUACGGCCAGGCGCGGCUGCGCUGUCCCCCCUCCCGACCUCGAGUCUGUCAUCUUGCACCCCAAGACCUUGCUGCUGAAAAUCCUCAUGUGUUGCGCCUUGGCGGUUGCCGAGCACGGCAACAGCCCCAGGGCUUCGCGGCUCUACGACAGCAUCCAGCCCCUCGUCGAUAAGAUGCUCAUGAGCAGCCCCGCCGAUGUGACCCAGCUCUCCUUCCUCGCCCUGUGCGCCGGCUACAGGUUCCUAUCUAACGACGAGGUUCUCGCCUGGCGCUUGAUAGGGCAGGUUGCACGGCUCUGUUUUGAGCUCGGGCUCCAUCGUAGGGAGUGUCUGCAGAAGAUUGCCGACUCACAGAUUCGCAGGGACGCGCUGCAUACCUUCUGGUCGGCAUAUGUCCUGGACCGUCGAUGGAGCUUCGGCACCGGCUUGCCGUUUGUAUGCCACGAUGACAAGAUCGACCCAAAGCUGCCGUACCCGGAGGGUAGUCCGUUCCUCGUGGCCAUGAUCGGCUACUCGAGGCUAAGCGCCAAGAUUUGGAGGCUAGUUGACCACUUUGAGCCUGCUGUCGUCCGGGAGCUCAGACCACACGACUUCGAGGAGCUCGACCGUGAGAUUAUGGAGUGGUAUGAGACCGUACCAGAGCAGAUCAAGUCCGGCCCACUAGACGUCGACAAGAUGCCGGUUCCUUCUGGUCCUUACGAUCUCCAGCGUCAGCGCAUCUGGACCCGGCUGAGGCUGAACCAGGUGCGAAUCUGGCUCUACACCCCUGCGUUGCACAGCGCCAUGAGCAUUGCCGAGAACGCGCAGCCGGCGCGGAAGGUGGUCGAUCUGGCCAAACAGACGAUCCGAUUCCUCGCCCACCUCAACAACGAAACCGACCAGUACCGCCGCAUGCAGGCCUUCUACCACCAGUUCCUGACGUCGUCCAUCGCCGUGCUGUUUCUCGCUUCCACUCACGCGCCAUUGCAGUUCAGCGCCCUGUGCCGCGAUGAAUUUUACAUGGCCCUCGACCUUAUCAAGGAUAUGUCGGCCCGAUCCUGGGUCUCGCGUCGCUUGUGGCGCACGAUUCGAUCAUUGAGAGAGUACGCACCGAGGCUAGGCUUGGAGGACUCCUCGGAGCGAGGAUCGACCGGAAAGCCUUACCUGUAUGCUGGCAGUGUGAAUUCUGGCCGCAGUCCUGGCCUGGCAGGACCGUUCAACGCCGCUGUAGGCCGCGCGGGCGGCAGUGCGCCGAUGGAAGCCAGUCCUUCCGCGCCCACCCCAGGCAGCCAGAGCCAGCCGAUGCACAUGGCAGACGAGGAAAGCAACGGGGUGCGGUUGCAGACGGAGAUGUCGCGUAUCUAUGAGGGAUACAUGGGCAUGAAUGGUGCUGUUGGAGACAUAAGCAGUCCAGUGCAUGUCGGUUUCGGCGGCGCGGGGCUAACUCUUGCAGAGCCGUCAAUGCGCGGUGCUCAGUUUCCUGGGCGUGGCGAUGGCGGUGUAUACCAACAGGUGAAGGACAUGUUUUGAACGAGCCAGACAGACGUCCAUACAUACAUGUAGUACCUGAGCACUCCAACGCCAUCCACCUGAUGCCCAUCAUUACUGCGGUCAGAUUCAUGCUUGGACACGCCCAUGCCCUGCGUAUACACUCCAGUACAAAUAGCGAAACCUGAUUGAUACCCU